GUGGUACGGAUCCUAAACCAGUCCUGAAAAAUAAAACAUGUCGUCAUAAGUGUAUACUUGAUUUGUUGAUCUUAGGUUAAUGUUAACCUAUAAUUCUGUUUACGUUAAAGUGUUAUUGAUGUUGCUGUAAUUAAAUACUUCGAAACAUGAAUAAUACAGAAGAAAGCAUAACGAAAAUUCAAUUUAAGAAGAAAUCAAAGAAACCGUUAAGAAAAAGACAAGUUUCUUCGGAUGAAGAUGAUAAUGAAAACGAAGAAGCCUCUGUCAGAGAAAAAGUUGAAGAUUUAAAAAUUAUACAAAAGCUACGAGAACGUCCAAAGGGUGUAAAUGUUGUUGGUCUAGCACUUGGAGAAAAUGUAACACCUGAUGUAAUUACUUCAGAUCCUUUUAAUGUAAAAUCUGGAGGUAUGGUAAACAUGACUGCAUUGAAGAAUACAAAACUAAAACAAAAUGAUGCAUAUGAAACAGGAAUCGGCACACAGUUCAAUGCAGAGACUAACAAGCGAGAUGAAGAUGAAGAAAUGGUAAAGUAUAUUGAAGAAGAACUAUCAAAGAGGAAGAGUAAAACUGAAGGUAAAUCAGAGAAUGGAUCCAACAAUGAAAAAGGAUCAUAUUGUUCUCCGGAAGAAGCAGCAUUACAAGCUGUACCUGAACAUUUAAGGCAAAGUUCAGCACACAGAAGUGAAGAAAUGCUUUCAAAUCAAAUGUUGUCUGGUAUCCCAGAAGUAGAUCUUGGAAUAGAAGCAAAAAUUCGCAAUAUUGAAGCUACAGAAGAAGCUAAAUUGAAGUUACUUUGGGAUAGACAUAGAAAGAAAGAUGGUCCUUCACAGUUUGUGCCAACAAAUAUGGCUGUGAAUUUUGUACAACAUAACAGAUUUAAUAUAGAAGAUCCGGAUCUUCAAAAAUCAAAACAAGAAUCCGCUGAUAAAAAGAAAGUGAUAGCACCCAGAGAUGAUCCUAAAGGAAAACGAAAAGACAAUGGAGAGAAAGCAACAGAUGAUUAUCACUAUGAAAGAUUCAAAAAGCAAUUUAGAAGAUUCUAAAGUGACUUGUAAAAUAUCCAAUAAUUAUGUACUUCUUUGCUAUAUACGUUAUUUAUAUGUACAUAGGUAAUAAGUCAAU